CGCUCUGACACGAGCCGCAGUGCGUCGAAUGCGAGAUUUUGCAGAAGUAUGACAUGACGUAACGAAUAAAGUCGAUUGAACCUCAUGGUCAACCAAGUGACUAGCGCAGGAAGAAUGUAUCCACUUGUUGUUGCUUCCCUGUGGCUGCGCCGCCAAAGCAGCUACGGCCCGAACGCCGUAACAAUGGCCACUCUAUGUUUCGAAGAGCAUGCUAGAUCAUCUCUACUCGCCACUGCUCGGGUGAUUCAUGACGAACCAGUCUGCAGUUUGAGUUUCCUCUGAGUUCGAGCCAGGUCCAGAGGUCGAUCCUCUUUUAGAAUUAAGUGCUGCAAUGACGACAUACGUGAAAGGAGCAUCCCAGGUCAGCUUGGCACUUCAAGUGCUGAUGGGCCUUGCCUUCAUAUGGUGGUGGAUGUUCUGGUUCCUUCAGCCCAUUCAGACCGCAAGGAACUGGCUGCGGAAGGCAGACGAGCACAUCUCGCAGGACUUUCUUGGAACAAGAGGUUCCACAUGGAUUCUGCAAGUCUUGCCCUUCAUGGUCAUCGCUUUCCUCAGCUACUUUGCCAUAGUACUCAAGAAUAGAAUCAAACCUUCAGCAAGGAAUGUGUCGGCAGAUCAGAAGCCAAAAGUCAGUAUCUGGUCUCAACCCAUCAUCUUGAAAAGCCCGCUGGGGAUGCUCACACUUGCGGACAUCGUGUUCCUCCUAGUCAACGUCUUUGUCAUAGCGUUCUACUUCAUAAAAAUGUCAGUGGACAGAAGUAAGACUAUUGACAACGCAAAACCCAAAAAGGGAGAUCACAGCAAGGGUGCGCAGAAAUUGGAGAACAUUGGAGUGUACCUGGGCAAGGCGGCGCUGAUUCCAUUCGCUCUUCUGUGGAUUCCAGUUUCAAGAGGAUCGCCAUUUCUGCGCGUUACCGGUGUUCCCUUCGAGCGUGCUGUCAAAUACCAUACCUGGCUGGGCCUGAUGUGCGUUUGGAUCCUCGUUGCUCACGGACUAGUAUUCUUUGCGUACUUCCCCUCGAUCCACCAUACGUCUGAGCUGUGGAGAUGGCAACACAAGGGAAUUGCUUUCUUUCCGGGAAUCAUCGCACUUGCGGCGGGGCUGGUGAUGCUGGUUACCGCUCUGGAGAAAGUCCGCAGAAACCAUUUCAACUUAUUUUUCCUCACGCACCACCUUUACUUGGUCUUUCUCCUUUUCUUCCUGUUCCACUGCGUCUCUCAGAUGGUCUACGUCGUCACUCCUAUCUUGCUCUUCUUCCUGGAUCGAUUUAUCCGCCUGGUGCAGUCCCGAAAACCUGUCGACAUUUUGUCCACUAAAGUUCUCCCAUCCGGUGCCAUCGAGCUUAAAUUUGCCAAGCCAGGAAAUCUGGAAUACAAUGCCUUGAGUUUCAUGUACGUACUAGCGCCGAGCAUUUCCAAAUUUGAAUGGCACCCAUUCAGCGUCGCAUCCAGCCCUCUGGACGGAACCAACCAGAUCUGUAUAUACAUCAAGCCCCUGGGAACGUACACCAAAGAUGUCCACGAUGCUCUCAUAGACACCAAGCAUCACAAGGAGGCCGGAAAGCUGAAAUGUCCCUUCGGAUUCAAGCUCCAAUUGGAAGGACCAUACGGCGACGAGUCCAAUUUUUAUCUCCAGUACAAUUCCCUGAUUCUCGUAGCAGGAGGCAUCGGUGUAACCCCAUUCCUUGCUAUCCUUAAAGAUGUCCUCCACCGGCACAAGCUGCAGCAGGAGAACCUCCCGACCUCCAUCCACCUCAUCUUCUGUGUGCGUAAUCAGAAGGAUCUGUGUCUUCUGGACACAAUAAAUCCCAGUGAAAUUCUUCCCAAUUACGAGGACCUUGUACAGAUCAGAAUUCACGCAUUUGUGACCUCGAAAGUGGAUCUCAUCAAAGAUGAAGAGCUCAGUUCCUCCGAAGCCAUUGUACCGUACCAGCACUACAACUACACCUACAUGAACGAGCCUUCUAAGCAGUACACAGGGCCACCACUAGCAGCAGUAAGAGAGAUGUCUAUUUUGGCCGGCGCCGGGGACAACAAAUGGGUCGCAGCCACAUUCUUUGCAACCAUGAUUGGAUACAUUGUGAUUUUCGGAAUCAUCAACGUCACCGGUUCAUAUGCCAAGCUAACGAACUACAACAGGGCACUGCUUUAUUGCGUCGUACUGUUUCUGUCGGUGGUUGGUUGCGGAGGUCCAGUGUUAAUGUUGUGGGCUCAUUUUCAGAGGAAGCAAACUCCUCGGUUAAAAGCUCAGGUCCUGGCCAACUCCCUACCGCCUUCUCCUGAUAAACAUUCGAAGUCAAGCGAGGGUGACAUCGAGCUUAGAGCAUCCGAGCAUACUUCAUGGGAAGGAGAGGUGUCUUUGGGCAAGAGGCCUGAUUGGAAAGUAUUAUUCGCUGAUAUGGCGAGACAGUACGAGGGGAAGAAUGUGGGUGUGCUGGUUUCCGGUGCGUCCAAGAUGCAGGAAGAUGUUGCAACCGAGUGCAAGAAUCAUACAAACUCGAACAAUUCGAAUGUGGCAUUCCAUUACCAUUCUGUCAGCUUUGAGCUGUGACGGGUCAGGAUCAACGGGGUGAACGAUUUUGUUAGUGUAAAUCCGAUAAGAUAUAGCUAGAAUAUACGUAAGUUACAUCUCACUGAUGCCUGAGGUCCUUUGGCCAGGUUGAUAGUAGAUCAAAGAAGGACGUCUACACUUAGCUACAGAUAGGGCUAGUAGUGAGUCGACACAAAGUACAGAGCAACAAGUGACCAGAAUAUGUUGGGUAUCUGUUCACAAAAAAUGCCAUUGUAUCUUAUGACAGUGAGACCUACAGUAUUGAAAUAUGAAAAAACCGUCGGUUUCACAUGAAUGUGAUGUAUGAGUAGUCUGAUUAAUAAGCUCCCACAUGCUAUGUGCCUUGGCAGCACACUGAAGCGAUUUGUGGUUUCUUGGACUUGAAGUCAUGAACAAAAUGCCGAGCUGGAUUCGCACUACGCAUGAUAAAAUCAAGAUAUCC